AUGGCCGAGGUGACUUUUCCUCACCACUGGCGCGAUUACAGAUGGAGACACGGCGGGAAUGUCGUCACAGUCCGCUUUCACGGAGAGGGACUAAAUAAAAGGUCCAACUUGGAGCGCUGCUGUGACGACAUUCUCCGCGCCGCGGAAGAAGAGGGGGUGCAGAUGGUCAAGGGGGCCAGCCUGGGCUUCUCCACCACCCGGAUCUUCGUGGCGGACGCAUUUUUCGAGAACACAGAUCCUUUCUUACGGAUAUCUGUCGGUGUGCAGUCAGAAGACAUUGAGACCGUCGCCAGAGCCGUUCUUAGUGGAAUCAAGAGGUACUGCAUGUCGGCUGUGCCCGUUAAUCUCGACGUGGGCCAGCGGCUCUACGAUGCCAAAUUUUAUAAAGCAAUGGCGAGCAUGCUGGAGGUGAGGGCUAGGUACGCCAAAGACCGGGUUGUUUUCAUGGAGGGCGAAUGGUUGGUUCCAAUCCUCAAAGCACUGGGCGCCAGGGAGGAGGAUUUUGAUGCUCUCCAGCAAGUCAGCCAUCACCUGGGCAAGGAUCCUACGGUAGACUACCGGACCAUCAGGAACGGUCUGUUCUAUUUCAACUUUGAGAACAAGACAAUCCAACGGUUUCAAAAGCAACGCUUCACCCUCACCGUACAGGAGAACUACAAGCGUCACGACUCCGGAUUACCCCGUGAUUUCCCAGAAGUCCGGGGUGACCUUCAAUACAACACUGUCCUGCAAGCCCUGAUGGUGGCGAAGGCCUUCAUAAUGAACAAAGUCGACGUCGAACCUCGUGCCCACCUGGACUACUCUAGCCCGAAUUUCCUCUGCAACGUAUUUAAUAUCCGAACAUUCACUGAGAAGAACAUUCUCGGUGAGCCUACCCUUGAAGGCGUGCACGCCGAUGGAGCGGAUCAUACAAUGACUACUUUCCUGGGAUGCACCAAUAUGAGGUCCGACAGUGGAAUCACCUUCAUCCAUGACCAGAAGGAGAUCACCGGGAUCCCAGCCACUGAGGCACAGCCGAGCCUCAUCAAGCAUCGGUUCCAGCAUCGUCACUUCCUAGACUCGCUCCUGUUUGCCGAUAAUGAGGCCAAGCACAGUCUCACUUCUGUCUUCCAGGAGGAUGUGUCUAAGCGUGCAACGCGAGAUAUGCUGCUCUUCCUCACCCGCAAGCCUAAGUUGGCGGGUCAUUCAUCGGGAAGUGUGGAUGCCAUGGAACCUCACAAGACCCUUCCGAUCAACGUUCCGUUGUGGCUAUAG